AUGUUAGAUCGCGUUCCUUUCUUCCCCUUCCGAAUAGAAGAUCGUCAGAGAGUUCCUGGCGUGGCUCGCGCGAGGAUCUGUGACCUUCUACUCCUGGCUGAUAAGGAGUUCUUCGAGAAAGAUGCCAACUCCAGUUUGAAGCAUGUUGUGAGACGAAUGAUGCAUGCGGUCGCUCAAGCCGAUAUUAUAUUUAGGAAUGCUGACUUCAAUGAAGAUGGUGUGCCAGAUAACAUUGGUUUCUCAGUGAAGUACAUUCUGGUGCUGACGUCAGACGAGACAAACACGCGAGUGUUCGGGGAUCUUCUGACAGACAAGGCAAUAGACGGCAGAAGCUACCUGAUGAGGUUCGCCAGAUUGCGCCGCCUGUCUGAAGUGUGUCUAGGAGUUGCCUUCUCUGGCCACGCCUUCCAUAAUAGGACUUUGGGCUUAAGUUUCACGUCUCUGGGCGGAGGCGUGGGCGGCGCAGCGGGUGGACUGUGCGACCGGCGCGCGUAUGGUCGCUCCUUCAACACCCUGGCCAUCGCACAUGCUACCACCGACGAGAAGGCCAGGGUGCCUGAGAGGAUCGCUGCCCUUACGCUAGCUCAUGAAAUGGGCCACAGUUUUGGCGCGCACCACGACGACAACUUCCCGGACCCCGAGUGUCGCGGGUACCUGAUGGGUUCCCAGUCUUCCACGGCCAUCAACGGGAUGAACUUCGAGUUCUCGCUGUGCAGCAAGCGCCUGAUCGCAGCCACGCUCAGCAGCAUGAGCUAUUGUCUGUUGGAGGAAGAUCAACCUUAUUGCGGGAAUGGUAUAGUAGAAAAAGGCGAGGCGUGUGACUGCGGGCUGCCGUCCCGCUGCAUCCACAAGGACCCGUGCUGCACGCCUCGAGGUGGUGGCGCUGUGGUCUUCGAAGAAGGAACAUUGCACAAAGAAGGAUGUUCAGUGGCACCUUCGGCGAUGUGUCACCCGUCACAAGGGUUAUGUUGCACUGCGAAAUGCCAGCUAGCCGACCUCAUAAAGAGUGGUAUUGACUGCAGGACUCAGGAUCAAGAGUGUACGUGCCCAGUCCUAUCGUCCGACUGUCGCUGUGGGCUCAACGGCAGGUGUCUGCCGGAUGGGUCCUGCCACGCGGCUGAAUGCGCCCGUCUAGGGCUCCGGGAAUGCGAGUGUUUGAAGAAACACGAACAACAACCCAGAAGGGGAUUUAUACAGUCAUCAUUGCUGGGCGAUAUGGACUUGUGCGGUAUCUGCUGCGAAGUACCCGUGGUCGGCGGCCGCUUCCAAUGCGUGGGCGCCGAGGAGGUGGUGCGCGAGAGACUGGCCAGCGACAAGCCAAUACCUGACAAUUGGCCUGACGAGGAUUAUAGGGGACCGAACAUAACAAUCCGUCUAUGCGAGGACUACUCGUGCAACGAGACGGUAUUGCGUGCCUGGCGGACCGGCAGCGCGUGCGUCACUCAGAAUGUCGUCGGCGUGUGUUCGCCGCGCGGACAAUGCAAGCUUGACUUCAUAAUGCCACGGUCCAACAUCUAUCCGGAUAUUAUGGUAAAGAACAUUCGCAUGCACGGCAAGGACUCGUCAAGACUCGUGAAGCCAGCCUCGUUAAUAUUCAUUUCUAGUUUGGUUUUGUUUUGUUUAAUAAAAUAACGUGAAAUAUG